GGGGUGGAGGAGUGUAGAUACGUUUCUGGACUGAAGUGAAAGUAGGGAAUUAAAAGUUAACACCAAAACUGAAACAAAGCCACGUUUUGUGAAGCACACACUAAUAGUCCAUUGGAUCAAAGGAUGUGAUCUCACUUCACAGUAAAACAGGUCCUGCAAGCCCAGGUAACUCAGGAAGCAGAAUGGUAAUUAUUCACAGAAGAAAGCAGGUAGUGUACUGUUACGUUGCUACAGUAGAAAGUCAGAAGGUCACAGAACUUGCAGGGUAACUGACACAACUUGAAACUGCUUGGCCCCCUUUAAAAAGAAAUUAUAAGAUGGGAGAGAAUGAAGCAAGUUUACCUAACACAGCUUUGCAAGGUAAGAAGAUGGCCUAUCAGAAGGUCAAUGCAGAUCAAAGAGCUCCAGGACAUUCACAGUACUUAGACAGUGAUGACCUUCAAGCCACUGCCCUUGACUUAGAGUGGGACAUGGAGAAGGAACUGGAGGAGCCUGGUUUUGAGCAGUUCCAGCUUGAUCGUGCUGAGAAUCAGAACCUGGAGAAUUCCGAGACAGCGGACCUCAAUCUUGAUUCCAUUCAACCAGCAGCUUCACCCAAAGGAAGGUUUCAGCGACUUCAAGAAGAGUCUGACUAUGUAACCCAUUAUACAAGAUCUGCACCAAAGAGCAAACCCUGCAACUUUUGCCGCCUUUUAAAAAUAUUUUGCACAGCAAUCAUUUUAUUUAUUUUUGGAAUUUUGAUAGGCUAUUAUGCACACAAAAAAUGCCCUUCAAAUGCUACAUCUUCAGGAAAACUUGAUCUUCAGUUAUACCAAGAGAUUCUCAAGACCAUCCAAGCAGAAGAUAUUAAGAAGUCUUUCAGAAAUUUGGUACAACUAUAUAAAAGUGAAGAUGACACGGAAAUUUCAAAGAAGAUUAAGACUCAGUGGACUUCUUUGGGCCUAGAAGAUGUACAGUUUGUAAAUUACUCUGUGCUGCUUAAUCUGCCAGGCCCUUCUCCCAGCUCUGUGACUCUGAGAAGCAGUGGCCAAUGCUUUCAUCCUAAUGGCCAGCCUUGCAGCCAAGAAGCCAGGAAACACAGCAGCCAAGAUCCGCUCUACUCAUAUGCUGCCUAUUCUGCCAAAGGAACUCUCGAGGCCGAAGUCAUUGAUGUGAGUUAUGGAAAUGCAGAUGACUUAAAGAGGAUUAAAGAAAUGAAAAAUGUAACAAAUCAGAUUGCACUUCUGAAAUUAGGAAAAUUGCCACUACUUUAUAAGCUUUCCUUAUUGGAAAAGGCUGGAUUUGGAGGUGUUCUUCUAUAUAUUGACCCCUGUGAUUUACCAAAGACUGCAAAUCUUAGCUUCAUGGUGUCACUGAAUCCAGGAGGAGACCCUUCUACGCCUGGUUAUCCAAGUGUUGAUGGAAACUUCAGGCAAAACCGAUCAAACCUCACCCCUCUCCUCGUGCAGCCCAUCUCAGCAUCUCUCGUUGCAAAACUCAUCUCUUUGCGGGAAGACAGAGCCAGCAGUGGUGCCUGUACCCCUCUGGAGCUCCCCAGUAACGAAAAAAGAAUUGUCAACAUGCAAAUUCAGACAGUCACGGAAUUCAAAACAAUUACUAAUGUUGUUGGAUAUUUAAAGGGCUUGACUUCUCCAGACCGUUAUAUCAUAGUUGGCAGCCACCAUCACACCGCAUACAGUUUUAACAGCCAAGAAUGGGCCAGUAGCACUGCCAUAAUCACAGCUUUUAUCCGGGCCUUGAUGUUAAGAGUUAAGAGAGGGUGGAGACCAGACCGCACUAUUGUUUUCUGUUCAUGGGGAGGAACAGCUUUUGGAAAUAUUGGCUCAUAUGAAUGGGGAGAGGAUUUCAAGAAGGUUCUGCAGAGAAAUCUUGUGGCUUAUGUUAGUCUCCACAGUCCUGUAAGGAGUAACUCGAGUCUCUACUCUGUAACUUCACCGUCUCUUCAGCAGUUGGUAGCUGAGAAAAAUAAUUUCAACUGUUCCAGAAGAGGUCAGUGUCCAGAGACCAACAUAAGCUCUGUACAGAUGCAAGAUGACGCCAAUUAUUUCAUCAACCAUCUUGGAGUUCCCACCGUGAGGUUUGCUUAUGAAGACAUCAAAGCAUUAGAGGGUCCAAGUUUUCUCUCUGAGGCCCUUUUCCCUAAACAUGCAACGAAAAUUGAAGAAAUGGAUCCUUUUUUCAACCUUCAUGAGACCAUUACCAAGCUCCUGGGAGAAGUGAUUUUGCAAAUUGCCGACGGACCGAUUCUGCCCUUUAAUGCUCUUGAUAUAGCUUUAGAAGUUCAAAACAGCCUUAAAGGCGAUCAGCCCGACACCCCUCAGCUGCUGGCCCCGGCCUCCCGCCUGCGGGAGAGCGCUGAGCUCUUCCAGUCUGACGAGAUGCGUCCUGCUAACGAUCCUGAGGAGAGGGCUCCCGUCCGCGUGCGGAUGCUCAAUGACAUUCUCCAGGACAUGGAGAAGAGCUUCCUGGUGCGGCACGCACCACCAGGCUUUUACAGAAAUAUCCUGUACCACCUUGAUGGGAAGACAAGCCAGUUUUCAAUACUCCUGGAGGCUUGGGAGCACUGCAAGUCACUUGCAUCAAAUGAGACCCUUCAAGAAGCUGUGUCAGAGGUGCUGAACAGCAUCAGUGCAGCUCAGCUUUACUUCAAAGCAGGACUCGAUGUGUUCGAGAGUGUCUUAGUUGGAAAGAACUGAGAAAACUCUCAGCAUUUACAGUUUGUUUACAGUUCCUCAAGCGAAAGCUCUAAUCUGACCAGAUUUUCUGACAUUGAAGACUUUUUCCCCCCAAUGGCUUUUUAUAUAAGCAUAAAGUUAUUCUUACUUUGUAUUUUUUAAUAUACGUGUAAAAAGAGCAUUUUGCACAUUUAAUAUUUUUCUUCAUAUCUACCUUUCUGAUUAUGCAAAAGCAAGUUAUUGAAAUAAUAGUUAAGAUUUAUCUAUUAAAAAGAAAUCUGCUGUAUUUUUAUAUAUAUAUAUAAAAAUAUUUGGGGGGAAAAUGUCCAAGAUGUUUUAGACAAUCAUUGCUCCUAUAGGUAAAACACAUAGAAACAGAAAAUAUUCCCUAUGUUAGAGCUUUAAUGACCUAGUCUCUGUCAUAGAAGUGGCCAGUUGACAUGGUUUCAGAUUACUCAACAUGAAGAACAAGUAUUCCGACGGAGUGACUGGUUGACCAAAACCACUUUGAAUGUGUCUAUUUUAUAAAAUGAAGUGCCUGUUUGUAACACAACUAGCUGUAGUAAUACACUGGUUUUGAAAUUGUAUUUUUUUAAAGUAUUAAUGAAAAAAAGAGCCAUAAACAUUCCAGGGGAACAUCUCAAGGUAGCUGCACAGAGCAAUUUAAAUGUAAAUUUUUUUUUCCCUAACAACUCAUAAGCUGAGUAGCUCUGAAGCCCCUGAUUUGUCUCAGUUGAUUCUAUAAAAAUUUCAGGAGUGAUGUAUAUCUUAUGCAGGAGGAAAUGUCUCUUAUUUCCUCCUGUGUCAUUUCCGUUGGAAGCACUGAAACAGAGCUACUCUAAAAUGAAAGCAUCGCACAUCACCUCUCCCCCUUCCUGUACCUUUUCUUGAACUUGCUGCAAGGCAGUUUUCACAGAAUACCAUGUAAUUUUUACAGGAAAGUAUCAAAUUUUUUCUUUGAAAAAUCCCAAAAUAUCUUAAAAAGCAUCAAAUUCCUAUUUCUGCCAACAGAAAGACUUAUUAUGAACAAAAUAGUUGUACUGAUCAACAAAAAUUUCCUUAAGUCUACAAAGAAACUGGAUAUUUUUCCCAUCUUUAUACUUAAUUGUGACUGAGAUGGCAACAUAGAAAAUAUUCAAGCUUCUACUUUUAUGCAGAAAAUAUGGUGUAAGAGUGUGUCUUUCCCACACUUCAGUUUUUUUCUCAUGUUGAAAAUGCAGCUUGUCUACUGACAUUGUCAUUGAGUGGCCUUAGUAUCCUCUCUUCCCCAAGACCCCAGAAUUCUACUAGGUGGCAAUUUAAACUUUUAGCUUACCCGUAAAAAUUGAUUUGGUAUUGGAUAAAGCAGUUCCCCUUAGGAGACAUCCUCAGACCAUCUCAUGUGAAUUAUUUCUCUGCCUAACACAACAUUCAAACCCACGUUCCCACCAUACACCUCCAGAGCAACUUCACAGACACUGCCCAGAUGUGAAAGUCUUCACUUCUUGUGGAUGAACAUGAACGUAAUCAUUGUUUAAAGGAAAACUAACAAUGUGGGGAAAGAAUUCAUCAGUUUUGAUUAAUUGAUUUAUAAGGGUCAGCUGUUCCUACCAUAAGUAAUGUUCAUACGCUUAAGGCAAAGAAGAGAAUUGAGGCAAUUAGCUCUGUAAUUCAGGCAGAAAUCUGUUUCCAUCUGAACUGCCUGUGUGCACAUAUUUUACAUAAGAAAUGCAACUACCUUACAACAUAGAUUUCUUAACCAAUGUAUGUUAAUGUUUGUUUGAAAGUAUUUGCCGUGUGGAGCAAUGUCUACAGCAAAGGGCUAAAGAACCAAGCCCCCACAUGCCUCAACAUCACUGGCCUCUCUUGCUCCACAGAAAACAGCAGAAAAGACAUGGGAGGAAUACACAUAUAGAUGCCUGUCAGGUCAAAUAAUAGAAUACUUUGUACCAAAGGAGCUGAAAUACUGAAUUAAGGUUCAAUGUGUUCAUUCCAGUUCUUCCUUUGGAAUUGAAUUAAAAACAAAGACAAAUAAUCAUCAGUUUGGUAGUUUAUCCUUUUAGGACAAAAUCCUGGGUCAAUUCAGUCUCUUCAUUUGUUAAUAGUGUUGAAAGAGCACAAAACGUUUGUACGUUUGCUUAAAGAUUGUGUACUUAGCUAAACCACAUUGCACAGAUCAAAACCUCACUAUUCUGUGUUUUUAACUUCUAAAUGAUAUGGUAUUUUCUAUUUGAAAACUGAAGUUAACUAUGGACUAACAUGUUUUUAUUAGUCUGUUUAAGAGAUUAUGUGAAGAAACUGAAUUGAAACGGACGUCCACAAGUGUACAAAUGCUGCUCUUUAUCUCUGACUGCAACAAACCUCUUAACGAGGAACGUUACUGCUAUAGUCUGAUUAACUCAGGGUUUCUUCAAAUUUCUAUCAUUUUAAUUUUUCCUUAAUGCAUCCAAGUAAAUAAAACCCUAUGCAAGUCAACAUGUGUUUUCAUAAGUUGGCAGUAGGUUGAAUUUGUUGCUGAGAUAUCUGGGUGCCUGGCACGUCUCAUAAUCCUUCGUGCAUAAUAGUGUACCAGGACAUAAUGAAUCAGAAAUGGUUAUUCUCCAAAGAAAAUGUGGCAGAUGUGCACCACUGCAGUUUGAGUGUAGGCAGGGUACACAUGGGAUGCCGCCCUCUGUGAAAAAGUACAGAUUCCAGAGUCAAAGGGAAGCCUGAGACAUCCUGGUCUAAGCCCCGGAAGGUCACAUUCAGGGAGGGAAAGCGACAGUGCCCCCGUCAGAUGCAGCAACUGAAGACAAAGUGAUUCAGGAAAUUUGGUGGAGUUACCCCAGCUGGUAACAAAAGUGCUGUUAGAAUUUAAGCCUCUUUGCUUUCUCAUGUAGAGUAUCUCAUGCCGUCUCGGGGGUAAUAGGGUUAUAAAUAGUUUCCAGUACAUUCUAUGUAACCAGCCAUUGAAUCAGAUGCUGUGUGGGCUGCAAUCACUGCUUCUUAAGUUAAGGACAAGUUCAUUCUCUGACUAUCCCUAACACACAUGACUGUCCCAGGGGCACCACGCAAAGGGCACACAGACUAGGUACUUGAGGGAGGUGGAGAGAGUCUCCACGUGGCACCCGCGGUCAGGAGGGACAGCACUGAGGAAAAUGCUCUUCUCAGAGGACAUGUUAGCCCCACGUUAAAUCAGCACGCCUCCGAAUGUGGAUUUGGGGAAGGAAGUCUAAGGUUCUUGACCUUCAGCAAGCCUUCCCCGAUGUACACUGAUGUUUAAGAAUUUCUCAUCUACGUUAAUCCUGGGUCCUGAGAAAACAUUAGUUGGCAGUAUAUCUAAAGAACUUGAAGAGUCACAAUAAUAAGAGAUACCUACAGCUUUGCUAUUAAUGGCACGGUUUCAAAAAAAAAACAACAGGAACCAUUCUAUGUUUUAAUAAAGGAUACAGACACAGCGACCACCUGUGCCUGCUACGUGUCAGGCGCUGUUCUAGACUUUUUAACCUAAUUAUUUUUUUUUCCUGAGUGAAUCCUUAUGAUCCCAUUUUUAAAAGGGGGGAAACCUGGUUGAGUGACUUGUCCAAAGUUCCACAGCUAAUAAAGAAGGUCAAGGUACGUGUCUCUGCUGGGCCCUCUGGGGACCAGACCCAGGUUCUUCACACUGGGUGCUGCAGAAAGUGUCAGAAGAAAUCUUUUGGUUACAGAAAGUGAUAUAAUCGACGACUUUCAUGUAUUUCUGCACAACUGUGUCAUCUGCCACUUCACUGGUUUAAUGGAGGUGUUGGAAGAAACAAACUACAUCACUGCUCACGACGGUGGUCCACCCCAACAGUGGUGUACAUCUGUAGAUAAAUUAUACGGUGUCUAUGUGCACAUCACAAAAAUAAGUACACCACUGUAGAGCACCGUGCCAACUAGAUGUAAGAUUAUGCAAAACAGACCAGAAGCUACGUGUCUCAUAAAUUCUUCCUCAAAAUGCCCGUACACUUUCACUGGGGCGGGGGGGGGGUGGGUGGGUGGGGAGAUAAAAAAGAACAGGUGCUGGGAUUUACAACCAGUUUUAUCCCAUCCUUGUAACUCAGAAUAACUAACUGAAGGUUCCCCCACUGGAAAGAUAAGUGAUGCAAAAAUAAAAUAGAUGAUUUGUGACCAUCUGUCCAAUGAUGAAUCAGCAUCUUUGCCUCAAGUGAAAAACCCUAAUUAUUUUCAUACCUGGUAGACCCAGCCAAAAAUGUUCUCCUGAGACAUCCUGUAGUAUGUGUAAUUAAUUACUCUAAAAAUUAAGUGUUCUCUGAAGGUAGCCCAUUGUCAUCUCAUUGGUUUAAAGGGCUAUUUAAGUGCGCCCUGGCCUCACAUUCCCUAAAUAAAAAGGAAUUAUUUUAAACUGCCAGUCCAUGUGUUGGACAGAAGGGAAAUGGGUCAUAUAUUCCAAAGGAGACAUCAGCAGCAUUAACAGUUCCAUCACAGAAGCACGGAUGAAACCCAGGAGAGAAAACAAACAAUGUGCUAUUAGAGCAAAGAAAUAUUCUGCCCAGCUGCCCUUGUGGAUCUGUAUUUCCUGCAUGAGUUUAAACUGCUAGCUUAAAAAAGCCUCAUUAGAAUCUGCUACUCUGGAAGAUCUUCAGCUUCACAGAUUUCUAAGCACCCCAUUAAGUGUAAAUACUUUUCAGUUAAGUGGGUUUGUUUCAUGCAGUUUAGAGCUUCAAGUGGGGUAAAUUUAAAGGGGGAGUUGCAAAAGAAUUUUUUUUUAACGUAGCCCUUUUUGGUCACCACCAUGUCCAUUCGGUUUUGUUUUCUCUUUCUAGAUGGACUCUAGCAAUGGGAUUAGGGUAUUUUUUGUGUUUUUUUUAACUCUCAGAAAAUAAUUUUAAGUUCUGUUCAUCUCCAUAUACAUUUAUCUGUUAAUCAGCCAAAUGUUAAUCAUUUCAUUUCCAUAAUACCUUUCUAUUAUCCUUCAAAGAUAUACACUGAAAUGCUGUUAGCAUUCCUGGGACCACCAAGAAUCUUGAGACCUUGCUGAUUUUGAGAUGAUGUAUUUCUUAAAGACAUUUAUAUCCUCAUAUUCAGAUUGUAUCUGAACUUGGAAAACAAAGGAUUAAAUUGAAGCACUUUCAGGCAGCGUUCAAGAAAAAGACGCUCCUUCAAAUUUUAAUAGGUCCUGGUUAGAUUAUUUUGUAUUUGAAUUACAUAGUUAUGCCAUUUUCUGUAAUCAAAAUGAUAAUUUGGAUUUUUUAGCCAAAAUCCAAUCAUUGAGGCCAAAGAAAAGCCUGGCUACUGUAAUUUCUUGAGCAGGAUCUGUCAAGAAUUAACUCAGUUAAUUGCGGUUGAUUUAACGCCUACAUCUAGACAAAGCAUCAGUUUGAGUGUAGACAGAGCCUAACAGUAUUCCGUCCAAUGCCUUUGAUGUCUUAAGCCAAUAAGCACUGGGGUAGCUUUUCUCAGAAGGAAGCAGGUUUUAUUUUCCAGGGGCUAAUUAAUAUGUACCACCUCAGUCCCAAAAGGACCACACAGGUGCCUACACUAUGCCAUAUGUCGUGCGCUAUAUUCCAGCAAGCUCAAGAGAUUAAUACACAAUCAUUAGUAUGAAUUAUCAUGUUGUACUGAAGUUAAUGGCGGUCUUUUGUUCUAAUUAAAGUACAAACUUGGCAUCUGAACAGAAGCCUAGCUAGAGAACUGGAGUUGGAGUCUCUAUUUUAAUGAACUCCAUAUAUUUUUCAAUCAAAAUGUAUAAUUAUUUAAUUAUUUGGCCUGCUCAGUAAGUAUAACUGCAAUUUCUUCAAAUAAUCUAUGAAAUAUAUUAACGACGCAGGUGGACAUUCCUUGGAGUAUGUUUUAUCUUUUGAAAUUCUUAGCCAUUUUUGAAUCAUGCCUUCAGUAUAUGUGAUAAUGUUUUAUUAAUACUAAUAAUUUGUUUACCUUUAUAUUAAGCUGCUGCAAAUGGACCACCUUAGUCUGAAAGUCAGAAAAAAAUGCUAUUACUCUAUAAAGACAAGUUUGUUGUAUCUGUUUAGUGAGAAACAACAUUUUACUACACUAUUGCAAGUUGUCUCCAGGAAUCAAAUGUGCAGAUGCUUAAGUGGAGCUCACAUAAUUAAAGUCCAAAGAUGUUACAAGUAAUUCCAUUUAGAAGCUGAGCUAGGACUCUAAUAGGUGAUUUUGUAUUUACAUUUCACACAGAAAGGUUUAAUGGCAAAUACAUCCCACACAUUCAAACUUGCUACAUGGAGAAUAUGAAUAGAAUUGUAUUCAGAAAAGAAAAAGCUUUCUAAGACAUUCUGAAGGGCUAAUUUACUUUUAUAGACACCUAGAAAAAUCGGCACAUCAUUGAUAAGAAUUUCACGUGUUUGGAAUGGUGAGAUACACCAUGGAUUUUUUUAAAGCUGUGUCUGCUGUGACAAUAUUUAUUAGAUAUAUGAAAUUUUACAAUGAAUAAAAUUUCUCAGUUGUGUAAUAAAAACUCUAGCCCUAAAAUAAAGAAUGGUGAUGAGCAGAAGAUUUAUCAGUUAACUUGGGAUCAAAUUUGGAACACAAUCUCUCCAAUUAAAUUUCCUUUGAUUAAAAAACAAAUCUCUCUCAAGGGGUGUCCUCAUUACUAAAUUGCACUGAACUGUUAUUAGUGUUGAAUAUUGUUCAAAGUAAUUAGAUUAUUAUCUGUGAUUUGGAAAUAGUUUCAUUGUAUAGAAAUUCUUUGUCAGUGAACUUGUUGUGAUUGAUUUUGAAUGACUCAUUUGCUGUGAAUGAUUCUGAAUGACUGAUUUAGAGGCAUGUGUCUGUAGUUUCUUAAUUACUAUAAAGUGUUGAAUGUCUAAUUUCUGUAACGUUUGGAUGCCCAUCAGGAAUCUAGCGCUUUCUAUAUUCAGCCCAAUUGUGAUUUCAAUUUAUUUUACAACUUUUUAUGUAUGAUUCACAAGACUCAAUAUGCAGCUUACUUAGGAAAGUAUGUUGUGAUCUGGUGUGACCAAAAAAAUGGAUUGGACUACAUCCAUUAAGAAUAUAAAUGAAUAUUUUAUAUUUUGGUUGCUUAAAUAUUUGCACAUAAUUGAAAACCUAGUACUAUGAAAUGAAGGUGUCUUUUAAGAACUAUUUUCUGAUUCACAAAUACAAUGAGUAUGUACAGUGAAAUGGUAAUAUUUAAAAUGCUCAUUUAAAAUAUAUUAAAUACAGGUGAAAA